CACGCCACUCCCCGUCUCCCAGUGCAGGUUUCUGUCUGUAACUUUAGUGGGUGGCGAAGGCCUGUAUGGGCAUGGGCCCGGGGUGGGUAUAAAACGAACCUACGCUGCACUGGGGACACGCAUUCCACUGGUCUCCGUCAACAACUGAAGACUUCACCAUGAAGAUGUGGAUGCUGGCGCUCGCCGUCGUGGCGGCAGUCAACGCUGCCGAUAUGCCCAUGCCCUACGACUACGCUUACGGAGUCAACGGGGAAGCAACGGGGGACAUUAAAGCACACAAGGAGACAACGAGUCCAGAGGGCCGCACGGAGGGAGAAUAUCGUUGGUUGCAGCCAAAUGGACUCUACAUAGUAACUCGUUACUUCAUUGAUGGCGAAAGUGGAUAUCAAGCAACUGUUAGUGAAGAAGAAGGCCCCGGCAUAGCUAACUUCUACUCAAAUAGUCAAGAUUUACCUGUCACAAAUUUGCUCAGUCAAUUAAGCCAGCAAACCAUUAGCUCUCAACAGAACUUUAACUCUCAACAAAGUUCUGGCUCCCAGCAGAGCUUUGGGUCACAAUUUACUCGAAGUCAGUCAAAUGGUUUCAGCCAGACAGGGCCAAGUGGUGUGCGUCAGACAGGAUUAGCUGGUCAGCAGUUGGCAGGAUCCAAUAGUUUUAGUCAGAGAGGUACAAAUGCUAAUAUUCGCCAGUUAGGAUCAGCUGGUUUCAACCAGGCAGGACCAGGUUCUACAUCACGUCAAACAAGUUCAUCCAGUUUUAGCCAGACACAAUCAGGUGGAAUAGUGACAGGAUCAAAUAGAUUUAGUCAGACAGGAGCAAGUGGUCAGCGUUUGGGUGGAAUAAGUGGCAACACUCAAACUGGAUCAACUAACCAAUUCAGUCAGACUGGAUCAAGUAGCUUCAGUCAGUCAGGAUCAAGAGGUCAAUUGACUGGAUCAGCUGGUUUCACCCAAAGAGGAUCAAGUGGGCAACGUGUGACUGGAUCCACCAGCUUCAUUCAGACUGGAUCAAAUGGUCAAAGUGUGCCUAAUCCAGCCAGCUUCAGCCAAUCAGGGUCAAGUGGUCAACUGACUGGAUCUGCUGGCUUCACCCAGACAAAGUCUAGCAGUCAACGUGUGACUGGUUCAUCUUUCGGCCAAUCUGGAACAAGUGGUCAGUUGUCUGGGUCUGCUGGCUUCACCCAGACAGGAUCUAGUGGUCAACGUGUGAUUGGAUCAGCUGGAUUCAGCCAGGCUGGUUUUGGUAGUCAACGUACAACUGGAGCAAGUGGUCAGCGUGUGACUGGAUCAACCAGUUUCUCUCAGACAGGAUCAGGUCAGCAAGUGACUGGAUCAACCAGUUUCACCCAAGCAGGAGCAAGUGGUCAACGUGUGACUGGUUCAUCUUUCAUUCAGUCUGGAACAAGUGGUCAGUCUGGAUCGGCUGGUUUCACCCAGACAGGUUCUAGUGGUCAAUUUGUGGCUGGAUCAGCUGGUUUCAACCAAGCUGGAUCAAGCAGUCAGCGUGCAACUGGAUCAAGUGGUCAGCGUGUGACUGGAUCAACCAGUUUCUCACAGGCAGGAACAAGUGGUCAGCGUGUGACUGGAUCAACCAGUUUCUCUCAAGCAGGAACAAGUGGUCAGCAAGUGACUGGAUCAACCAGGUUCUCUCAAGCAGGAGCAAGUGGUCAGCGUGUGACUGGUUCAUCUUUCGUUCAGUCUGGAACAAGUGGGCAGUUGUCUGAAUCAGCUGGCUUCACCCAGACAAGUACUGGUGGUCAACUUGUGACUGGAUCAACUGGUUUAAACCAAGCUGGAUUAGAAAGCCAACGUGCUACUGGAUCAAGUGGUCAGCGUGUGACUGGAUCAACCAGUUUCUCUCAAGCAGGAACAAGUGGUCAACGUGUGACUGGAUCAACCAGUUUCUCUCAAGCAGGAUCAAGUGGUCAACGUGUGACUGGUUCAACUGGCUUCAGGCAAUCUGGAUCAGUUGGUCAAUUGAAUGUACCUGCUGGCUUCACCCAGACAGUUUCUAGCGGUCAGCGUGUGACUGGCUCAACUUUUAGCCAAUCUGGAUCAAGUGGACAAUUGUCUAGAACACCUGGCUUCACCCAGACAGUUUCAAGUGGUCAGCGUGUGAGUGGAUCAACCAGUUUCACCCAAGGAGGGGCAAGUGGUCAGCGUGUGACUGGUUCAACUGGUUUUGGUCAGUCAGGAUCAAAUAGUCAACAGACUGGAUCAGCUGGCUUUGGAUUUAGUGGUCAACGUGUGACUGGUUCAACUGUUUUCAGCCAGUCUGGUGCAAGUGGUCAACUGUCUGGAUCAGCUGGCUUUGGUCAGUCAGGAUCUGGUAGCCAACGUCAAACUGGAUCAAAUGGCUUUAAUCAGCUGAGCUUCAAUGGCCAGAGGGUGACUGGGUCAACUGGUUUUAACCAGGCUUCAAACGGCCUUAGUCAGUCUGGAUCUCAAGGUAUCAUUGCUGGAUCAAAUGGAUUUAGUCAGGGUGUGACUGGAUCAAGUGGACAAAGUGUGACUGGGUCAGCUGGCUUUAGUCAGACAAGUUCAGCUAAUCAAGCCACCUUGGGAUCUACUGCCUUUAGCCAGGCUGAACCAGGUAACCAGCGUUUAUCCGGAGCAAAUAGUUUUAGUCAGACAAAAUCAAGUGGAUCUAACUUUAGCAGUUCCUCCAGUUCACAGGCAAGUUUCAGUUCUUCACAAGACAAUGCUGGGUUCAAGAGCAUUGCUGUAGUACUGGCAGGAUCACCUGAAGCUUCAAAAUUGUUGAACUAAGAGUGAGAAAGGCAAACUUGGCGAGACGAUUUACUGUUUAUAUGAAUGAAGAUGGAGAGGAUGUAACAGGCUGCGAAAUGAAACGAAAUGCUGUGUUAAACUGGCUGAUAAUCUGAUAUAUGACAAAGAAAGGAAAUGUACUAUGUAUGAGGUAUGCAUGACAAAAUAAAAGCACC